AUGGCGGGCAGUAGGCCUCCCCUGAAGCACCACUCCUCUGCAGCGCCGGGAAUGGCCCCAACCCAAACGACGUCCAGGGGGGAGCAGGCACUCAGCGCCUUUGUGGGUGGGAGGAGAUUGGGUGGUCGCUGUGUUGCGAUAUCCACUGAGGGGCACUUUGUUUCUGUAUCGUCAACAGUCACUGCCCGUCUGCGCAAGUGA